GCUCCCCCAUCCCCCCUGAAUACCACCACGUGUUUGGCGGCGCAGCUGUCUGCGCGCGCACGACAUGGGCAUACAUAAAAACUACUUAGUGAAGAAGUACGUCUGCUGUGGUUAGAAUGCGACACGCUCCCUUCUCAAGGCCAUCCCGACCUCAUCCCUGCAUACCUGAAGAGAGCCUUGGUGCACGACGAUUUCACGAGUGCCUACCCAGACGUCUGCAGGAUCCAAUGAAGCAUGACAGCAGCACCAGCAGCCGCAGUACACACAGCCAGCAGGAAGUGGGGAAGGAUCAGUCAGCGUUUCCCAUCGCUGUAGAAUUUCUGGCGAUGCACGUCAAGGGGGGGUCACACGCUGGCAAGUGUGGCGUUUUUGGUGCAGGACGUCAACGCAAGUCGGACAUGAUUGGCGGCAGGAUUGCCGCGCUUUCGUCGGUUCGAUGGUCACGGAGCCACGGCUUGCCUGAGCAAAAGAGCCUGUCCUCAACCGUCGAGUAUCGAUAUACCCAGGGCAAAAGGGAGCCUGUCCAACGGAUCUGGGCAACCGCCAUGUUGCGAGAACUUUUGCUUCAGUGACCCGAUGCGAUUGAACUGGACGCGGCGGUAAUCGGUGGAUGCAAGCAUAAUCAAGUUGUAACGGAAAGCUCAGCCACUCACAAACCGACCUGGUCCAGUGAGGCAUGCUGUAUAAUGGUGUCA